CAUGCCGCAGUUAGCCCAAUGCCAGAGAGAAGCGAAGGCGACAACAACGGCAAGGCUUGUUGCAAGUCAGACUUCCUGCUCGUUGCUACAGUUAGGGAUAGUGAGACCUGAGGAAGGUGAAUGACUGAAAGCUCUCAGUGAACGCUGGUCAGCAGCUGAUUCGCUCGACACCCUGAUACGAGAUUUAGCAUUAGAGUGGACGUGUUGGAAGCUCCACUCUGGCAGAAGUCUUUGGCGGCCCUCGCGCUGGAUUCGCGUAGCUUGUAGUUACUUGGCGCUAGGAUGGGCGAAGACCAUCGAUGCGUUUGGCGCGUUGGCGUCGGCCCGCGGACAACAAAUGGACGGAGCCAGACGUCGAUACAGAGAUGGAUGUUGGUGAUGCUGGUGCUAGUCUGCUGCUGCCAGCCUGAUAGUGUAUCUGGGAUAUGUGGAAAGAGAAGAAGAGGAUCGUCAUCCGCAAAGUACAUGGAUCCAGCGGAGUCGAUUUGCGUUGAGGGUGUGGAUGCAAAGUGCCUUCUGAAACCGACCUAUACAACUGAACGAGAGGCAGGCUAUGAUGACUGCCACGACACUCCGCAGUUUGUUAUGGAAAACCAUCAGAACUGUACGCCACCGUCCGCGCCUCAGAACCUCAAUGCUACCGUCACGUAUUGGUCCAAGGAUCAAAUCGUCAUCCUUGUUCAAUGGAAAACUCCGAAAGAACUUUGUCCUUUGACCGGGUAUCGCAUAGCUGUCUGGCGAGGCGAGAGCCAGCCUAGGAGAAUCAUAGGACCACCCUGUCUUUGCUUCAACAUACCGGGGGGUAAAACCAGCAUUCAGCUGAAGUCUGGAUUGAACGACUGCAUCAAGGAUUGCUUUGCUUUUGACCGCGUGUACGCGUUGAAUGCUGUGAUCACAAUAGACGUGACUUCACUGCCGCUUACGGAGUCCCCUAAUAUGCUGCAGACAACCAGGCAGGAGGUCAUACUUCCCAAUUGCCAGCAGCUAGAUCCGUUGCCUCACUGGUGUCGGAAUUUCCCUCCCCAGGCACCUGAGCUUGUCGCGACAGAUCUUCGCAAUGGCUCGAUCUUGCUGGAAUGGACGGAACCAUUCUCUGACCCAUUGGUCAACAUUACUGGCUAUAAAAUCGAAUGGUUUUCUGAGGAGCAAGAUGAACGCACACCAACUAUGUCUAAAGAGCUCAAAGCGCACAUUCGCUCGUUUAUCACCUCACCAGAUAUGGUAGAGUUCAACAUCACCUACCAAUUCUGGGUUACUGCAAGGUCGACUGCUACUCGCAAGACGCCCAUGAGCUUAAACCUCGGAGAGUCGGUGAGAUCCAGAGAGGCGAAAAUCAAGAUCAAGAGCAUCAACGGCGGCUGGUCAAAGUUCUCCGACUGGUCACCGUGCGUAUUCUGCGAUAGGUACUUCACCACACGCUAUCGCAACUGCACGAAUCCAGUGCCUCUUUUCAAUGGCUUGCCAUGUCAAGGCAAAGCAGAGGAGAAAAUGCCCUGUAACAUGACCAAAGACUGUAUUGCCCUAACUACAAACACGUUGCCUUGGGUAGAUUAUCCCACCGUCAAGGAAGAGGAAGAGGAGAGCGACGAGGACACAGGCAAAAGCGAACCAUUCUUCUACCAGAAGAAUACCUUCUUCAUCACCCUGUGUGUGGCUAUCGGCUGCCUGCUGAUCAUACUGACGUUCCUCUCCAUUGUCUACCGUUACUACAAUCCAAAAGUACAAAAGCUCAGCUCCACGCCUGGAAAGCAGCGCUACCAUAAUCCGACCAAAAAUCGCUAUAAUCCAGACGAAGUCAGUCUUGGUGAUCAGGGCAUGAGUCCAAACCACCAGGAGAUGUUGCCAUCAGCCGUGGAGAAUAGUAGCUUCAACGACUCGCCAACAAUUCUUCGGCGAUUGCAUUGCCCACCCGAUGCCAGCGACUACAGUGAUAUGGCUCUUAUGGAUCGAGAGCCACCCACCGUCUACAUAAGCUACAGUCGGCGGCAGGACGAGCUGGAAGCCAUUCUGAACUUCUGUUACUGGUUGCACCUGAAGAACAUCAACGUCAUCAUUGACCAGUGGUUCAAGAACGAGGUAGCUGAGGACAUUGCCGGCUGGAUUCAGAGCAAGGUGGCGAUGUGUGACUAUGUCAUCAGCAUCUGCUCGGUCUCCUACAACCAGGCCUGGACGCAGAACCCCGGGACGCAGGGACCGGAUGACCUGCGUAGCAUUCUCAGCGAGGACUUUGAGAGCGACCUGAAGAAACGCCAGUACCUGGAGACAAUGCUCAUCAAUGGUCAGUUGAUGCGGAAUGGGCGUCGCAACAAAGGGAUCAUUCCUGUAGUACUUGUCGAUGAACACCUGGAUGGUUUCUCCUUCUGGCAGCACAUUCCCGACCCGUUCACAAAUUCCAAGGUAUACUGCAUCACCGAGACUGACCAAUGUCAAGAUGCUCUAGAGUUGCUGUGCCGCUUGUAUGGCGUUGAACAUACGCCAGGCCCGCGCCGCUUUCAGGGCCCUGCCGCCGCCCAGAAGCGCCACUCAUCGACCAACACGGACACGACCAGCAUAGGCAGUCAGUCAACCGGCCAGUCCACGGUUUCCACGACAUCAGCCGAGAGCUACCCGGAGGCUGACCCUGCCCCAGCAUCAGCAGUAGCAGCAGUAGCAGCAGCAGCAGAAAAGUAUGCUGAGCAGCAGCAGCAGCAGCAGCAACAACAUUGUCCCAUUGUCCUUGCUGGUAGUAGGUAGCCCAGGCUAGAUUGGAAGAAACACAUAUUUACUGUUAGGCAUUUUGCGAAGAGCACUUGAAGGCUUGAGAAUCUAUGAUGAAAUCUCACAAUUAACGCUAAAUUUACUAGACUUGAUGAGACCACUGCCUCCCCGACCUCCCCAAAUUGCCACGAAUCCAAGUUCACAAAUUUCCACUUCAAUCUGAAGGUGCAAUGCCCCCCCAUUCCCUUGAAACGUUGGUGAAACUGCUCCUCUCCACAUACAUGUACUCCACCCGAUGACUACAAACAUAUAUAAAUAUAUCUAAGCAGUAAUGUGAAGGCAGGCCAGGCACCACCGGUCAAUAGCCUACGCCAGGACAGAGUAAUCCAGCAUCAACUUGUCUUCAUCACUGCCGAGACUGAAUGGUCAUAUUCCGCCCAGACCCCUCUGCCACUACCACCACCUGCACCAUCACCUUCACCACCGUACGGCUAACCUUCACUUGUGCCAUCGCUACCAUCAUCACUACCAUCAUACUACUAUUCUAGUGUUCUAGUAGCACUGGCUUUGCCACAGUCUAUCCUCAGCAAUAGCCUGUCUCAAACAAUGGCCACCUACCACUGAUGCCGGCCCCUUCGUUGUUGACCGCACAGGCAUUAUGGCAGGUGGUGUGCAGCCUGUGCGCCUGAAUGACAGACUAUUGCGAUGAUAGUUAGCAGUUGAGCAGUAUCAGUGACUCCUCACUUGUGGUGCGAUCCGAUUUCUCUUUAGUUGGCACUGCGAACAACCACACCCUAAUGUCGAGUGGUCCACAUGUUAUUCAGUAUCACACAAUGUCUAUGUGAAAAUGUAUAUCAUUUGAGCACCGUAUCUUUGUGAAUGGUGAAGACACGAAGUGAUAUAACAACACACAA